AGAGGUCUGGAAACCUUGUCACUUUCUGAUUACAAACCUGUUGUGAAAAAAUCAGUUUCCUAUAUUGUAGCUGCUGUUCUAAUCAAUGAAAAGAAUGAAGUGCUGAUGAUGCAAGAAGCUAAAAGUGCCUGCGCUGGUACUUGGUAUUUACCUGCUGGUAGGGUUGAACCUGGUGAAGAUAUUCUAGAUGCAGUCAAAAGAGAAGUUUUAGAAGAAACUGGUCUAGAAUUUGAACCUUCUACAUUACUUCUAGUUGAAUGUGCUCAAGGUCACUGGUACAGAUUUGUCUUUACUGGCAAAAUUACAGGGGGUGUAAUUAAAACAGUAGCCAGAGCUGAUGCAGAAUCAUUGCAAGCAAGUUGGAUUGAUGACCUAAAUCAGCUCAGUCUACGGGCUUGUGAUAUACUACCUCUUAUUGAACGAGCUAAACAAUUUUACGCAGAGAAACCUGAAACAUGGCACCGUCCAUUACUAACUGCUGUUUAUCCUCACAAGCACCUUCUCUUUCGUUUAAUUAUUGUGAUAAGAAAAAAAUCCAAUAAUAGGAUUCAUGUUUUGAUAUCAGAGAAAGGAAAUGUUCAUUUCCCUACUUGUGAAAUUAACCCUGCCAAAAGCAUCCACUCAACACUAAGAAAAUAUAUUCAGGUACUAUUUGGAUCAAAUCCUCCUCCUCACAAACCCCAUGGAAUAAUGUCUGUUGAACAUUCCGCUCAGCCAACUGGUGAACAUGACGGCAUUUGUCUGAGCAUCUUAAUAUCUUGUAAAUCUGCCCUUGAAGAUGUAGCUGUUUCACCCAAUUACGCAUGGAUGGAAAUACGCAAAGACUUGGGUGAUCGUCUAUUGGGAAGGCUUAGUAAAAAUAAAUGUGUCCUUCUUAAUGUGAUUCGAUAGAAGUUGAAGUUGCAGGUGAAUUAAUUUAACAUUAUUGUAGAUGUCUCAUGGAAAAACUCAUUGUUUUCAUUACUACAUUUAACAUUAAUGCCAACAUUCGAUGAUAAUAAUAAUAUUGAAUGGUUGAUUUUCUAUUUGUAAAUGCAUGUCUACAAAAGCUUAUUGUUUUAAUUGCAAUCAUCAUUUUUUAUUUUUUGCUAUUGAAUAUUAUGUGUAUUUUAUCAAAAAUUCAUAUGUGAUACAUUUACAUUCUGGUGAUUCGAAAUCCAACCUAAAUUUUGUUCAUUUAUGGAUAUUAAUUAAAUAUUUUUAGGUUAUAUUUAAUUAAAUAUUUAGCUCUAAUCUAUUUCUGGCAGCUCUGAAGAGAUAAAUGUUUUAAGACUCUGAAUAACAUUUUUGGCUUAAAGCAAUUCUAAGAUAUAUUUUACUAAUUUAGCUCACAUUUGAAAGAA